UAGUACGCAUAGUGGUGCCCGAAAUUUUUAUCCUUCCUCGAGUCUAACAAGUUGUUGUUUGUGUUAAUGUCAAUUGGCGCCGGUUCAGUGUACAUUCAGUGCAUUCUGUAGCAGGAACCAUGACCUGAUGCUGCAAAUUACAAACACACGUGAAAAAGUUCAUAUACAUAUGUACACACUCGCAGUCAUCGGUAUACAUAACUGUUACUCCCGCGCGUAAAACAGUGUGCCGGCAAAACCAAAGCAAAGCAGAGCAACAAUUUUACAUCGAGUUCUCUAGUAUCUCCGCUUCAUUAAGAAUGGCUUGUACAUGCGAAGUAAUCGGCCUAGCCUGCGUGGUGGCUCUAAUCCUUAGUGUUUCGGCCAAGGCCCCCUACCAGAUGCGCAUGUUCUUUGUAUUCUUUGGCGCUGGCGCCAUUGUGAUGCUGUGCGUACCCUUUAUGAUGCUCCGACCACGGGACUACCGAAAUGCGCUGGUGCCAUCCUGGUGCUUCAGACAGCUCUGCAAAUUGAUGGGCAUCACCAUGGAGGUGCGUGGAUUGGAGAAUGUUCGAGCGGGUCACGGCAGUGUGGUGAUCAUGAACCAUCAGAGCGCCCUGGAUCUCUGUGUGCUGAGCUAUCUGUGGCCAGUGAUCGGAAGGGGCACGGUUGUGGCCAAGAAGGAGAUCCUUUACCUACCGUUCUUUGGCUUUGGUGCCUGGCUCUGGGGCACUCUGUACAUCAAUCGUUCCCGCAAGACGGACUCGAUUAAUUCCCUGCAAAAAGAGGCAAAGGCGAUACAGGAGCUCAACUGUAAACUGCUGCUCUUCCCGGAGGGUACACGCAACUCAAAGGACACACUGCUGCCGUUCAAGAAGGGUUCUUUCCACAUUGCGCUGCAGAGCAAGUGUCCCAUUCAACCGGUGGUCAUCUCAAAGUACGCCUUCAUGGACGACGAGAAGAAGACCUUCCGUCCGGGCCACGCACUUAUUCAAAUCCUGCCCGAGAUUUCGACCGAAAAGUAUGAGAAGGAUGAUAUACAGCAGCUCAUCGACGACUGCCGUUCCAUCAUGCAGGCGGAGUACACGAAGCUGAGUAAAGAAGGCCUAGCCUUGAGCUCGAAAAAGCAAUCAUAGGACUGGCUAGAAUAUUAUUAAGCUCAGGUUGCUAACUAACGCCCAGAAACAGAAUCAAAAGCAGCAAACACGGAUAUAUAGGGUUAUUUGAUUAAUUAGCUUAGCAUUAAGUUAUAUAAUAAACAUUGUUCGCGUGUA